AUAUGAAGACAGAAGAAACUCCUUCUGCAUGUCGAGAACAUUCUUCAUUCAUUGGAUUUGAUUCCAAACUCACUGAAGUUUGUGCCGGUUGUGGUAACACCAUCUCAGAUCGGUUCCUGCUGAGAGUGAACGAGAGAUCAUGGCAUGAGUGCUGUGUGAAGUGUGCUGCUUGUCUCCAAACACUUUCUGGAACCUGCUACUUCCGGAACCGACAACUAUACUGCAAGGAAGACUACGAGAAGCUUUUUGCCACCAAAUGUAACAGUUGUUUGAAAACAGUGAUGCCAUCAGAGCUUAUAAUGCGUGUCCUCAAUAACGUGUACCAUGUUGCCUGCUUCUACUGCUGUGAGUGUGAGAAGAGGCUGGAACGUGGAGAUGAGUUCGUUUUGAAAGAGGGACAACUAUUGUGCCGAAGUGACUACGAGAGAGAGAAAGAAAUGCUCAGCACAUUCAGCUUGACCCCUGCUGGAUCAGUUAAAAGUGAAGAUGAGGAUGGCAGUCAUCUGCAUGGCAAAGGAAGUGAUGAUGGCAAAGACCUGAAAAGAUCAAAGAGGCCACGGACCAUACUUACAACACAACAGCGCCGGGCCUUCAAAGCUUCAUUCGAAGUGUCUUCCAAGCCAUGCAGAAAGGUGAGAGAAACAUUGGCAGCGGAGACGGGGCUGACUGUGCGCGUUGUUCAAGUUUGGUUCCAGAACCAAAGAGCAAAGAUGAAAAAAAUUGCUAGAAGGCAGCAGCAGCAGGACCACGAACAGCUUGGAACACAGCGGCUCGGGUCCGGCCGCGUGAAUCGUGCAAGCAGCAGACAGAGCAACGAUGACAGCGAAGAUGGUGGCAGUGGAAUGGAAGGCGUGAUGGUGCCAUACUCCAGAAUAUCGCAGCAACAGGUCUUGCCGAUUGACCAUAACGUAUAUAACACAGAUCUCUACAGACAGGGCCUAACACCUCCUCAAAUGCCUGGUGAUCAUUUGCACCCAUAUGAUGCCGAGAGUGUUUUCCACGACAUGGACAGCGAAAGCCUCAACUAUCUUGGAGGUUCUCUCCUGACGUCCUCUGAGGCCAACAAUUUACAGGCUCGUGUGGGCCCCAUUGACCGUCUCUACUCCAUGCAGAGCUCUUACUUUGCCUCCUGACCUUAGAAAUGGAACCAUAACUGUGGUUUUCCAUCUAAUGAUUGGUGUCCAUUGGUGCUUUUUUGGGGCUUUAAAGAAUAUUUGUAGACAUCUGGCGGCUUUCAAAACUUAAUGACAAUUGUUUGGAACCUUUGAGGAAUGUUUAUGCCAGAAUAUAUUGUCCCACAGUAGGAUAGCAUUUGAGUUAUACAUGACCUCCAGGUGAGGGCUGACUAGGGGC